GCGUUGACUAAUUAAAUUAAUCCACUUCUUCUUCAUCAAAUUCUUCAUUGUGUUUCUCAUUUUGAUAAUUCCAAGUACAAUAAGAAAAUUAAAAUGGUCUGCGACAAGAGUUUUUCAAGCAGUUACAUGCUGCUAAAUCAUGAGGAAGUUGGCGUUUUUGAUCUCGUUCACAUGCUAUGCUCCCAUGCAAUAGAGAAAAGGAACUUUGUCGACUGUCCAAAGGGUAUGACAGAGGAAAACUUUAAACAAAGAUGGUUAUUAUCCAUGUCUGCUUUGGCUCAAAAGAUGCUUAAAUCUAUCAAGAAACCUUUGGCUGCCAUGGGUGCGGGUAUUGAGUAUUGGCUCAAUCUUGUCUCGUGUAAUCGUAACCUUAGUGGGUUAAUCUCAAACUGGAUACGAGGUUAGUUUUGAUAUGGUCUUUUUAAUAUAUAUCCUUUAUACCAUUAUUGGUAAAAGUGGUUUACUUUCUUUAUAUGGUUUACGGUAUAAUUUACAUGAAGAAUUGAGAUUUUAAACAUAUAUUUAAUAACAAGUUUUAAUGUUUCUUAUAUGUUUCUGUCUUAAUCAAAUUUAACCGGUUCGUGUAUAUGUUAUAUACCAACCCAUCUUGACCUUAGCAUUAAUAAGAAAAGUAUAUGAACCACGUUUGAGUUUAGAUAUGAUUUUGUUAUAAGUGUAUAGAGAUUGUAUGUAUUACUGAUGCCCACUUUGGGUCUAUUAUUAUUAUAAUUAGCCGUCUUGUAAUGUAUGGAUCUAUAUUGUUGAUUAAUGAUCAAUAGAGAUAUCGAUCCCUUGAGAAGAAAAUAUUAUCCAAUAUGGCAUCAAGCUAAAAUUCUAAAACCCUAGCCUCCUUUUUGUUUCAGUUCUACCAUUUCCCUCGUCAUCGACACUUUUUUCUGUUGACUUCUUUCUCAACUCCCAUAACCACGACGACAACCUCAUCCUACGAUUGAAAAACCCUACCUAACCACUAACAUUAAAGAAUUCAUUCUCUUGGUUCUCAAUCUCAACCCUCUCAAUUCUGACACAUGGAGAGCGAUUUUCAAAACACAUUACAAUGGUUUUGGGAUGGUCGACAACAACGAUGGAUCAACAGAUGACUAGUUGUCCAACCAACCGGAUCCUAAAUAACAAAGUUCGACUCCAUUGUGAAACAAUAAUUUAUGAAACCAUAUCUCAAUUGCUCCUCCGGAUGAUCUUCAUGAGAAAUGCCUUUGCUUGGACCAUAUUGAUGAACAUGGAUACAUUUUUUUUUUCAUGAUUAUCCGAACAUCAAGUGUAUUUAACAUUACAUCGGAUUAUGCAACAUUAUAAUUAGAUACUUCACCAUCACUUUAUAUUGUACUCGUGUCAAGGCCAUAUUUAACCUUGUAAAUAUCGACUAUAUAAUUACUAAAAAGAACCUUGUCACGUACAUGAUCAAUGGCAUGAUCAAUGACUUGAUACUCAAAUAUGAGAUCAAUUAAUCCCGAAAUAAUUCUAGAUUAAUUUUGAUUAAUAAUUAAUCAAUUCUAAUUGAUUUCAUAUUAAUUUAUUAAUCAUAUAAAUUAACAAAUCAAUUAUUUAACAAAUAAUCUCAUAUUAAUUUAUAUAUCACAUAAUAAAUUAACAAAUCAACUUUCUACUUUUAAUUAAUAUAUUAAUCAUAUAAUAUAUUAACAAGUUAUUUAUUACAAUUUAUUAAUCAUAUAAUAAACUAAUAAACAUGUUCUUUUCUCUACAAAUGUCAUUCUAACCAAGUUUUAAUAUGAGGGCAACCAAAAAAGAACUUUGCUUCUAAUUAUAAGUUUAUAUCAAUUUAGUUAUGAGCUUAGACAGCUUAAUCCAAGAAUCGACACAACACCACCCCCACCAAGUUACUUCACUUCAUCAUACAUUUAGCAUAAUGAAUUUGAAGUUCGAAAGUGACAAUGUCUAGUUUAUGAACAUCAAAACACCUCCCACCUUUACUUAGAUACAUGUAUUCUUUCGACCAUUUUUAAUAAAAUCAUUUUCAUUCGAUUUUAGUUGGGUAAUAGAUCCAUUUGAUUUUAGUUCGGUAAUAGAUCUUCCAUGUCUAUUACAAGACCAAGACACUCUUAAUUCCCAAUUUGUACAAAUGACUUUAUAACCAUAAACAUUAUAAAAAACCUAAAAUCCAUUAGUGUAUUUAUCUUGACAAAAUGUUCAACUAAAUUUGAUCAGUUUGGUUUUUCAAUAAAGUACUACCAUAUGGAAUAAAUUAUUUUUCAUUGUGAGAACUCGGGCGACUCCUUUCUAGCACUAACUUGGCUAGUCCGUCAAAUGGUCAAAAUUUAAUUCAAAAUAGAAAAAACUAAAAUAUUUCAAGGUUAAUAUUUUACUUUUUUUUACUUUAUGAUAUUAUAAUGCUAAAACUAUUGUAAAAUAAACUGGAUAAAGGCAUUAUAUACACAUUCAUCUCUCGUACUCUUACCUUUAAGAUUUCCAAAAUUAAAAUGUUUAUUAUUUGAACAAGUUUAGCAUUUAAACAUGUAUAUUUUUAUUGUAAUUAUCCUAUUUUGUUGGGAACUAAAAGCACCUUUUGAUAUUGUCCAUAUAUAAAAUAACCCAAAAACUACUUGCUUUAUUAUUUACUCUAUCUGAAAUCUACCAGCCUUUUAAGUACUUGCUUUAUUGUUUACUCUUCUUGAGUUCCCCACCUAUAACGAGUACUCAUUACUCCCAGUCGACUGACUAUAUAUCGAGUAUCGAGUUUUGCAAAACUAAUUUCUAGAAAUUGAAAAUAUAAAAAAAAAACUCAAAUUCACACUUAUAUUUUCAACCAUGUCAUAUAAUUUCAUUUUUUCUGUCCUCACACCUCUCAAAAAAUGGUAAAUCUAAACACAUGUUGCGGAACAUCAGUAAUCACAUUUUGUAACAUUAUAUUCCAAGCUCUCCUUCCACCCCAUUUUUAGGUUGAGAUUCUGAAAAUGGCCACACAUAUCCUAAAUAUACUACACUUAAUUUUUUCAUUAAUGAAACACCGUUGUAUUAUAUGUUGCACACCUAUCCCAACUAUGAACAUUGCUGGGUGUUCGGGCGUUUAUGCUACCUCCACCUCACCACUCUAAAUAAAUUGACCGCAUGUAUGUUUCUUGGAUAUCCUUCCCACCAUCUUAUGUCUACUUUUCCACCAAUAAAAUUUUCAUUUCCCAUCGUAUCUAAUUUGAUGAUUCUGUUAUCUCUUUCAAGUUCAUGACUCAUACUAGCCCACACUCGUAUGAAUUCCUCAAUAACUUCUUAUCUUACUUAGCAUUAUCUUGUUUUUCCUCGGGUCACCAAAUCUCUCACUACAUCAUUUGGUCUCUAUUAUGUUCACUUUAAGCCUCCCAUACCAUCCAAAUUUCUCCUUACCAACCCACCCCUCACCAUCUACGAACCAUACAUGCCUUCCUUGAAUUCGGCCUAUAAUAGGUUGCAAACACGUCGCCCAAACAACCGACUUCCUUUUUUUCCUACCCACUUCAUCUCUCUCGGCCCCUACCACAUGCUCUACUUCUUUCAACCUAAUGUUAACCCAUUCCAAACAUUGAAUCUACAAGACAUUUAUCGCUUAAACAUAAGCAUAAAAACCAUUCACAUACUACUUGAUCGAAUAUUCCAACUCUAAAGGACCCGAACUAGCCAACGACUAUGAUAGAUAGUUUAAAUAUGUUAAUAUAAAGAAGACUUAUUCUCUCAUAGUUGGUCUAUGUAGAUAUUUAAAAGGAAGUUACAUGUCUAUGGACCCUUUAGCUUGUUACAAGUCUUGCUUGUUGCAAUGGGGAAAAACCAACAUCUUAUGUCAUAUAUGGCCAGUCCUUUAGCAUACUAGUCAAGCUCAUGACCAUAUAGAUUAUUCUUAACUUUUUUGUCCUUUGCUAGUGGCACAUAUGUUAGUUUGGCAUCAAGAAGUAUUCCGUAUGUAUCGCUCUGCAUAUAUAGCCUGAAGUAAGCAACAUAAGUAUGGUUCCAAUAGUGUUCUAAUUCGAUUGGCUUAAUAAUAGAAAAUAUGAUUAUUCUAUUUUUGUAUCAUUAGAUCUUACUAACUACUUUAUGCAGAUGACCUCAACUUGUCAACAUUGUCCACGACUAUCUUAUGACAAGGUAUUAAUUUAUGAGCCAUAAGUUUUCCAUGUUUGACUUAGAUAAACUCAACUACUUCCUCAGGAUCUCUACCAAUCAAAUCCCUUUAGGUAUUUCCUUAGCCAACAACAAUACACCAUUGAUAUCCUUAAGCAUGAGAUCAUGUAACAUUGCAUAAUAUACACUGAGUAAAAUUCAAAGUUAGAUAGUUUUGAACCACCAAUUUCUAACAACACCGAGUAUUUCAAGCUUCUCGGUUCACUUCAGUAGCUCACUUUCAUGAAACGAUACCUCACAUAUAUAGUUUCAUGUAAUAAGAAAGAAGAUUCUGACAUGAUAGUUGUCGCCUUUAGAGGAACAGAGACCUUCGAUGCAGAUGCAUGGUCUUCAGAUGUCGAUCUUUCAUGGUAUGAACUCCCUGGGAUAGGAAAAGUGCAUGGUGGGUUUAUGAAAGCCCUAGGGUUACAAAAGAGUCUAGGUUGGCCAGAAGAACUAACUCAUCGAACUAAAAACCAAGAACAACCAUUAGCAUAUUAUGUCAUCAGGGACAUGCUAAAACAAGCUUUGAAAGAAAAUAACAAGGUUAAAUUUAUCGUAACUGGUCACAGCUUAGGUGGUGCACUUGCCGUACUUUUUCCAGCAGUUCUAAUGUCGCAUAAUGAGGUAGAGUUAUUGGAUAUGUUAGAGGGUGUGUAUACAUUUGGGCAACCAAGAGUCGGGGACAAAAGAUUUGGAAAGUUCAUGAAAGAGAAUUUGGAGAACUUUGACGUGAAGUAUUAUAGAACUGUUUAUAGCAAUGAUUUGGUUCCAAGAUUACCUUAUGAUGAUUCCACCAUGAUGUUUAAGCACUUUGGGACUUGCUUAUACUUCGAUAGCUUUUACAAUGGAAAAAUUAUGGAGGAAGAACCGAAUAAGAACUAUUUUUCGCCAUUAUCAGCUUUACCGAAGUUGAUCAAUGCAGUAUGGGAGAUCAUAAGAAGCUUUAUGAUUCCAUAUACACGGGGAGAGGACUACAGUGAAGGGUUUGUACUUAAGAUGUACAGAUUCAUCGGGUUAAUGAUUGCAGGAGUACCAGCUCAUGGACUUCAAGAUUAUGUUAAUGUUGUGCGUUUAGGAUCAGAUUUGUAUAAAGAUCCUAGGUCGAUCAGUGAUAACGAAAUAAAGCUUAUGAUCGAUGAUGGAACUUUGAAGUAACAUGGAUUUUGUUAUUUUUGAAAUAAAUUAAAUUUAUAAUUGAUGA